GCCAAAAAAAAAAAAAAAGCUUUACAGCGCCCACGGCAGCUGGGUCGACCCGUGGCGAGCGUUCGCGGCCGUCAACCUCUUCACCGGCAAGAGGGUCCCCCUCCCGGAGGAGCUGAGGCUCGAGGUGCCCCCAUGGAGGCGCCAACCAGUUCGGGUUCGAUGGUUUCACCCGCCACCACCACGUGUUCGCCCGCUCAGUCGAACUCGUCUUCUCCGCCCAGCCCACCUGGCCGGACUACAUCGCCGCCGCCGCCGCCCACGUCUCCAGCGAUGGCAGGCGGUUGCCCACCUCCUCGUCGCGCCAAUAAUGCUGGACGUCUUCCCAUCACGUAUCACACCGAGGUGUUCAUGAAGGACGACCCCACGGCGAUCCGCACUACAGUCACGUCGUCGCCGUUCCACGCCGCCGCCUUUUUAAGGGAGAUCGGGCGGGAGCACCACGAGCAGGGCCUCGUGGUCGGUAUCGACACGGAGUGGCGCGAGUGCCGUGACCCCGACGAUGGCCGCAGGCAUUACAAGGUCGCGGUGCUGCAGCUAUGCGUCGGCCGCCGGUGCCUGGUCUACCAGAUCUACCAGGCCACCAAAUGCCCCCGCGAGCUCGCCUACUUCCUCUCCGACCCGGACGUCCGCUUCGUCGGCGUCGCGGUGGACGGCGACGUGACGCGGCUGGCCCAGGACUGCAACCUGAGGGUCACGAACGCCGUGGACCUAAGGCACGCCGCGGCGGCCGCGCUCGGCCGGCCGGAGCUGGCGAGGGCCGGGCUGAAGACCCUGGCGCUCACGGUGAUGAACGCCCGCAUGGAGAAGCCGAAGCAUGUCACGAUGAGCAACUGGGCUGCGCGGGCGCUGACGAGGCAGCAAGUCGUCUACGCUUGCAUCGAUGCCUUCGUGUCCUACGAGAUUGGCCGCCUGUUGCUCUCCGGUGAAUCCACGUCGUCCGCACAGUCGUCCACGUCGUCCGCACAGUCGUCCACGUCGUCUGCGUCGUCCGCACAAUCGUCCACGUCGUCUGCUUCGUCCGCACAGUCGUAGGAGCACGUCUGCACGUGCAUGGCGAUCAGCGCGUACUUACGUAGACUUUCUUUUUGAAGACCUACGUAGACUUAUUUGCCGAUGAUUUGUUAGAAGUAGUUCUGACAGACAAGUUUAGUUUUAUGUUUAGUCUAAUAGGUUCAGUUCUUACUAUGCAUUUGUGUGCAUUUAUAUUUAUCUAUUAUUACAUAUGUGUCCUAAGUUAUACAUGUUCACGACAGGCUAUAAAGUUAGAGAUAUAUUAUUUUCGUGCUAUGGAUUGCUUGGCAUGGGAUGGCACGUUAAUUUGCAACCGUAGUGCAUUAGGAGUAUUCAAAACGCCGCAAGUUAACAGAGACAAACU